GACGACCAUGGUCAUUUCAAAAUCUGAUGGCGCGCCGCUUGCCCAACAUCCUCGUGACGGGAACCCCUGGCACGGGGAAGACGACGUUGUGUCAGCUACUGGCGGAACGAACUCCGUUGCGAAAUGUGAACGUGGGCGACUUGGUGAAGGAGCACGAAUUACAUGCAGGGCGUGAUGAAGACUUUGAUUGCUUCAUUCUGGACGAAGACAAAGUGGUCGAUGACAUGGACGACAUGAUGAGUUCCGCGGACGGCGGCAUCGUUGUGGACUUUCACACGUGUGACUUUUUCCCCGAGCGGUGGUUCGACCUGGUGGUCGUGCUACGAACGGACAACACGACGCUGUUCGACCGCCUCACGAACCGCGGGUACACAGCGAAGAAGGUGUCGGAGAAUGUCGAGUGCGAGAUCAUGCAAGUGGUGCUACAGGACGCCCAGGAGAGCUACGUCCCAGAAAUCGUCCAAGAGCUGACCAGUGUCACGGUGGCCGACAUGGAAACCAACGUUGACCGCAUUGUGAGCUGGAUGAACCACUGGGUGGCUACCCAACAACAACAACAAUAGCAAGGACGGCAUACGUACAGUAGCGUUAACUUAAGCCAUGUUUUUUGAUUGCCAA